UUGUCAGCCAUCACGACCGGGGUUACUGCUGUGCUAGCUAGCCUGAGUAAAACCAGGCGCCGUUUUAUAGCUAUUCGGCUAGAUUUUCUCUUCUAUUUGGCUCAUGUUGGUUAGACAUCAUGGAUUUCAACGAAUUGUUUAGUGAACGAACAUUACAAUUUUCUGACUUUCAGGAGUUUACGUUUCUUCCUGGUCAUCAGAAACUGUCUGAGAGAGUGCGGAAGCGAUUGUACUAUGGCCUGGACCAAGACGGCUCUAUAGAUAACCUUUCCUGUCCUGUUACAGAUAUUGCUGUGGAACUCCUUCAGAAAUCUGCCCCUAGCCCAAUUCGAAAACUGCACAAGAAAUAUGCUGCUCAUGUCGCGAGGGAGGCGUGCAUCUCUCCGUGUGCCAUGAUGCUGGCCCUGGUCUACAUCGAAAGGCUACGACACAGGAACCCCGAAUACCUGCAAAAGAUCUCCUCCUCUGACCUCUUCCUUAUCUCCAUGAUGGUUGCCAGCAAAUAUUUGUACGACGAAGGGGAGGACGAGGAGGUGUUCAAUGACGAGUGGGGGGCUGCUGGGAAACUGGACGUCCAGACUGUCAACACCCUGGAGAUGAAUUUCCUCGAUGCUAUUGAGUGGAGCCUCUUCACUGAGCCAGGGGACUACUUUGGCAUACUGAAUCAACUAGAAACCAGUAUUGCAGAGAACCAGGGGAUGAAGCGAGGCUGGUUCACCUACACUGACCUCUGUGUGCUGCUGGAGCAGGCGGCGUGGCGACAAGCACUGACUGCCAUCUACCUGCACUUUGCCAAGGUGACCUGCAUGCUGGGGCUGGUGUAUCUGACCAGUGUCGCGGGCCUUAUCGCCACCAGCCUCCCCAGGAGCAGCCAGCCCCUGGCCCCAGUCAGCCAAGUCCACCUGCCUAGCUCCAGCCUCUCUCCACCACCACCACUAAGCCUGCUCCCAGUCCCAGAGACCCCAAGUCCAGCAUCCGACCUCCCUCGCUGCUGCGUCUUGGGCAACGACAGUCACAACCGCCGGCCUGGCACUCUCCACACCCACAACGACCACAACCACGGCUCGCCAACCACCUCCCAGACCUCUAUACUGUGUCUAUGGGGCUCUCUCCUCACUUCCCUAAGCCACACUGACCCACACCCCCAGCCUGACACUGAACCAGCCUUGUCCGCCUCCUCUCUGCACUACCCCGGCUGCCCAGUUACAGUGGGGAGCCUCCCUCCUGGCUCCAUCCAGUGCGGCCCAUCGAACACCUCUGCUCCACUACUUGAGCCUGGAACCCCUGGUCACCCCGCAGCACCGUGGCUGGCCCCUGCCCCCCUCCUCUACGGAGCUGUCCCGAUGCUCCUGGACUCCUGUCUGACUGGCAUGGCAACCCUCAGUGUCGGACCCUGCUGCCCACAGUUCAUGCUGCCCAUCGAGAAAGCCCAAUCUCUCCUCAUGCCCAGCUAGACAGACGGACAAAACAAGCCACUAUCGUUACCCUGCAAUGACUAUGACGCCGGACUCCAAAUUAAACCAGCUGAUUUUUCAGAAUGCGUCCGUUGCAGUGAAAGGAUUGAUUUUGUUUUGUAUGUGCUUUUUUGUUGUUGCAUAUACUGUCUAAAUUUGCGAUAAGGCCCCCUAAAGGUGAGUAGCACAUUUUGUACAGUGGUUUGCCAGCAGAAUUGGUGUAAAUAAGUGAGAUUAACUCAUAACAGCAUGAGAUCUGAGUUCUGUGCUCAGACCCUCGUAUCUUUUCUAACGUAUAUUUUUCAAAGGAGGUUGGAUCACAUCGCUUUACAAUGGGUGUUUCCAAAGUCAAGGAAGUGUUUGAGGUCUAGAAGAUGUGUACAUGGCAAACUAGUCUUUCUUGAUUGGUUUUAAAAGACACAAAUAUAUGUCUAAGCAUGGCUACCAUACAUACCCACACAGCGUUUGUUACUACCUAGUCUUUGGCCUGGGUACCAGAUUUGUUUGUGUCAUCAUUCCACUCACACUCCAUGUUUGGCAUGACAAAGUGGCAUGAUGGAAGAAACAGACUGGUACCCAGGCUACCUACUCUUUACCUAUGUUUGAAAAUGGGGGGCUUGUGGGAGUUGGGCUAAGUCAAGUUUUUAGUUGGAAGAGUUCAGUUUUGAUGCGACAUCAUAGCUAUUUGAGAAUGUGUUGAGAAAGUAAGUUGUCUCCACAAAAGCAAGGCUGCUUUCUAAGUCAGUACUGUAGCGCUUUAAGAAGGGAGUCAAUUUAGCCUGGUCCCAGAUCUGUUUGUGCUCUUGCCAACUCUAUUGCUGUCCUUGUCAAGCCAAACAUUGCAUGACAAUGAGUGAGAAGGAGUUGGAUUGAUGGCACAAACAGACUUGCACUCAAGCUAGAGACAACUAGCUAGCCUACAUUUGAUUUGCCAUGGAGUUUUUGGGUCAUUAUUCUCUCAUUUACUGUAGUUGUUAUUUUAAAAAUGUCAACAUAUUUUUGCACAGAUGGCUACUGGUCCCUGCACUGAACAAUAGUAGAGAUUUAAUGCUUUUUUAUUCCAGUGAAAAAACAGUAAACAUUCAAUUCAUAUCUCGGUUUGGCUACCCCUAAAGUCGUCUUCAUUAGGGCACAUCAUAGCGAAAUGCUUUACACCACUUCGCAACAGUAAACGAAAAUAUAAGUUUCUUAUUGGACAAGUUCAGAGAACAUUUGUUUCAUUUCAUGCAUACUGAACAUGACCCUGAACUCAGAUAGCACUCUGACUAUUUAUUUUACCAUGAUAGAAUGCAGUGGCUAUUUCUAAUUUCAUGUUUGUACAACAGAAUGCCACGCAACUGAAAUAGGUCAUAACCAGUUUACUGUUUGAUGUUUUCUAAAUAAGAGUUUUGAAAAUGAUUGAAAAUGUAUCUAAUGAAUGCGAUUUUCAUCCAAUUACCCUUUUCAUGGAAACAUAACAUCCUCAAAUGGAUGAGUUUUAUUGUGCAAAGCAUCACUUUUUUAAAGUAGAAAUGUCUGUUUUUUAAUUUAUGCAAUUAAUUAAUAUCCCUCUUUAACAUACCCAUUUGGUUGGGGAGACCUGACAACGUUAAAAGCCACUCAAUCACUCGCAUACCAUUUGUCUUCUCCACCUGCUCAAAAUUGGAAAAUGUCUUCUUUCUCCAUAGAAUUACUUGAAUGGGUAUGUCCAUUAUUGAAUGGGGAUGUAAAUUCUAGUAAUACUAUUUCUAUGUUUCUCAUCCCUGAAAAACAGUUGGCUCUUCUCAUAUUUUUCUACUCAAGAUAGAAGGUUCUUGCUAGGGAAUUUGAUAUUUGUACAUUUGACUUGGUUUUACAUUGACACGUUUCUUACAAAGCCAGGAGGCACUGUGGUCCCUAGGACAUGAACUCAUGAAGUUUGGCUUUUGUUGAAUUGCUGAAAGCAUCUAAAUAAAUAAAAAUUCAAAUCAGA